AUGUAUAAAAUUGAUGGGACGAAAUCUAAAGAUCUCAAAAACCAUAAAGUAUCUCGGAGUUACAUGGGAUCCAGGGUCUUCACAUGGCUGCCCCACCUUCAAGACAUCAGAGUCAAGACAGCAAAUAUAGCUAAGAAAGCCAGACAAUUCCAGGGAAGCAACUGGGGGCAAAACCCUCACAUCCAGAAACUGCUAUAUCUAACGGUAGCGGAGAGAAUUGUUCUUUACGCAUCGGCUAUAUGGGCGCAACCAAUGAGCAGUCGCAAGAUCAAACUCCUGACAACAAUACAACGGCCAUUUGCUCUAAACAUAAGUAGGGCAUAUAGGACAACGGCAUCAAGUGCAAUAACGGUCCUUGCGGGACUAACACCCCUGCACAUAAAGGCCAGCAUAGAAGCUGCAUAUGAGCGCCUAAUUAGGCUAAAACAAGAUGCCAACUUUGCUGGCACCGCCUUCCAUGCAACACAGUAUGAAUUACCAGGGAGUGUGCAGUAUGUGCACCCGGCACACAAAAGUAAAGGCAUCCAUGUUGUGACAGCACAGCACCCAACGCCUCCCAGAGAAACUCCACAUGUGAACUCUCGAUUUUGCACCGACGGAUCAAAGCAUGACAAUGGAGUGGGAUGCGCCUUCGUUCACUUCAAAAAUGACCGAGGGGAAAGCAAAUGGAAAGGCCAUCUCGCUACUCACAACACCACUUUCCAGGCGGAAGCUGUGGCAAUAGCAGCUGCAAGUAAGUAUGCUCUGGGCAUUAAUCUAGCAGCAACCGAAAUUCACACAAGACAGCAUGUCAGUGCUACAGGCAAUCAUGAAUCACCACCAUACCUCACCCACAAUUAUAGCAAUCCAACAGCUCCUUGCGUAACAAUCUGA